CGAGCAUACGUCGUCUUUACUCGUCGACCAAGCCCAGAAAACACCCGCAACACCUGUCCACCACGCCCGAGUUAAUCUUCAAGAGGCUGUGGUGCCCAGCCACCAAUCGAAGUUGACGGCACAAGCCCCACCAUCACCAAUCUCCUCCACCUGCGGUUCAUCAACACAUCGUUACCAUCCUUUAGGCCGCUUUGCUCCUCAGGAUAAUAGGAGACAAUGGAGUCCUUGGCUGUAGGCAACGAGUCGCCUCCCGCCCGUCAAUCGAUUCUCGGCACCUUCCUGCGUGGACGACCACGCGGCGUCUCACAAUCACAUCCUUCACCUCACAUCCAGGACGCUGCUCAGAACCCUGAUUCCCCCCCGCCCAGCGCAGCCCAGGAUAUCCAAGCUCACCGCAGACGCCCCGCAGCCUUGCAACCCUCUCUCUCCCAGAGUCUCCAACCAUCAAUAUCUUCCAGCUCAGGGCCAUUCUCACAGAUGCUACGUAGGAGACGAUCCGCUGGUGCCCUCGCUGGACAGGCUACGCCACAAGUGCCCGUCGUCGCAGUCGCUCGCACAGCUCAGUCUGCUGUUACCAGCCCCGCCAUCGGCACAUCAAACAACAACAACCAGGGCACAGGCCCCUCACACCGCAUCCGUCUCGUGCCACACCUUGACUCUCGCCGCUCUCUGCGGUUCGACCCCAUUUGCCGUGACGUCCGCGAGGGUGACGCACCUUUACGCAUCGGGCGAUUCACAGACCGGUCCGGUAUGGGUAUCGCCGCUGCUAAUGCGACGGGCUCCAACAAACUCGCCUUCAAGAGCAAGGUCGUCAGCCGAGCACACGCCGAGAUAUGGGUCGAGGCCGGCGGCCGUUUCUUCAUUAAGGACACGAAGAGCAGUUCCGGCACGUUCCUAAACCACGUCCGCCUCUCACCCGCCAACACAGAGUCUCGUCCGAGCGAAAUCAAAGACGGUGACUUGCUCCAACUCGGGGUCGAUUACCAAGGUGGCACCGAAGAUAUUUACAAGUGCGUCAAAAUCAAGAUAGAAGUGGGGAGGGAGUGGCAAGCACAUUCGAACCCGUUCAAUUCUAAUGCCUUGAAGCAACUGAAAGAAAUUGCUAUCCCGAAACUUCCUGGAGUACCAGGAAAGAAGCCAGCUACCAAAACAUCCCUGCCUGAUUGCUGCAUUUGUCUGUUCUCCGUGACGAUACAACAAGCCCUCUUCAUCGCACCGUGCUCGCAUGCCUUCCACUACAAGUGCAUCAAACCGCUCCUCGAGACGCACCACCCGGCGUUCUCAUGCCCACUCUGCCGAACCUUCGCCGACUUAGACGAGGACGUCGAAGUAGAGAUCGAGGCCGACGAGGAGAGCAUCGCAGAGGUGUCCGCCGUCAUCGCCUCCAUCACGCCUGCGACGCCCGUCACGCCCGGGCCGCUGCACGAGACGAGCCGCGAGCGCGGCGACGCCGGCGCCGAAACCGAGGUCGAGCCCGACAUGAGCAGCGCGCGGCUCGGCCCCAGCCUGCGGCGGCGCACGCAGCAGUACAACGACGUGGACCUCUCGGGCGACGUCGACAUGGACGACGUUGCCGCGCUCCCGGCGCUGCCCGAGGACGUCGACGACAUCGACAUCGACCCGAUCGGCGCGGCGCGCCGGCGGGACCUGUCCGAUUCCCCUGUGCCCCAUGCGGCGCGGACGAUCCCGAACCGGUCGACGGAUUACCUUUCUGAGCCCGAUGGCGAGGCGAGCGGGAGUGCAGAGGCGGAUGCAGGGGCGAGCGAUAGCAGCGCAAACGGCGAAGCCGUAAUCAACGGCAAGCGGAAGCGGGGAGGCCUGUCUAUGCCAGGGAUAUGAAUAAACGGGCUUGAUCGUGUUUGCGUGCUGUAGUCUUUCUGUCGGAAGGACGGUGCUCUUAUCUCUGGUGGGUGUAAGGCAUGUUUCUACCACUGUAGAUCACCUAGGAUGUUACGGUUUAUAUCUACCGCUUGUUCCCUCUUUUCUGGCAACACAUCUUUUCUCCCUUUCACUUCUCCGUUCACAGCCCUAUGGUGACACUCCGCAUACCAUUACUUGUACCGUCUAGCAGCCUAGUUCAUAAGCUGUUGUAAUAUUCUCCUAUACCAUUCUUUACCGCAUGGUCUCAC